AUGUCUUCCAAUUUGUCAAUCCUCACGCUUCUGUGCUUCCGACAAUCUUCCUUGUUUCCUCAAGAGACUGCACAUUGGGCACUGCAAGUCCUUCUCUGGAACCCCAAUGCUCCAUCUGGCUCGCUUUUCCAUGUCUCCAAGGAGUCACUGGCAAGCGGACAGACAAGCUAUAGACUGGUGAGAAACGUAAACCCGAUGGCGUCCUCGUCGCUUCGGGCCUUAGUUGAAGUCGCCUCAGGGGUUCGGCUCACCGAUCAAAUGCUCGACGCGCAUUGCAUAUCGAUUGCGCACGACCGCUCCUUUGACCUUGUUUACAACAACAGUCAGAGAUUCUGCAGUCAGGUUCUGCAGCGUCUCGUUUACAACAGGGUAAUCACUCAGAGCCAAUUCGAUGAGCUAGCUCUGAAGGGAUUUCAGCCGCUCGUCUAA